CUUUGCCCGUCAUUUCCCAACAAAUCUACUCCCUUCGAAUACUUCCAACCUUACUUCAGUUGUAACAGCAAAUUUUGAUUGUAUGGGCCUUAUGAAUUUUGGAAUAACUUCGAAUGGUAAUUCUUCAGUAAUUGGACACAAUCCCUCCUCACAAUUCACCGCUUUUUCUCCAACAAAUUUCAACUCCACAGCAGCAACACUUCAAUCAAAUACCUCUGCUGCACUCAUGCCUUUUGCUAUGUGCAACAUUUAUGCUAAUAGUGGUGACAGUAUUAGCGGUGGAGGAAAUAAUGGAAUAGGAAUAAAUAAUUCUUCUUUUAUUGAAAAACCUACCCCCAAAAUAAAUCAAAUCCAAUUUUGUUCAAAUAAUACUUUGACAAAUAAUCAACAGAACGAAUCCCAAUUACAAUUAAUGGAUUUGAGUACCCGAACAGUGUCAAAUAACUCUAGUAGACCCAACAGUUCUGUCAAUUCUAUUGAUGUCUCAAAAAAUAAUGGAAGUGAUUUCAUGCAUCCGCAUAUAACAACUAUAAAGCUUGAAAGUGAAGUACAACAAAGCGCAUUUGGAACUUUUAAUGGAGAAAAAAUAAAACAAGAAAUUAUUAAUAUCCCAAAAGAAACAACAAUUCCCUUAGAAUCCUCUCACGAGGCUACAUUCUCCACUACCUCUGAACGUGUCCAAACCCAAUUAUGUUGUCAAGUCUGUCACCUGGCUGCUUCAAAUGGCCUUCACUUUGGGGCGCGGACAUGCGCUGCUUGUGCGGCAUUCUUUAGACGGUCAAUAAGUGACCAGAAAAGAUAUAUUUGUAAAAAAUCUCAGCGGUGUGUGAUUAGACCGAGUGACAUUGGAACGCAAGGAUAUAGAAAAAUAUGUAGAAAUUGCAGGGUUGAUGUACAAAAUAAAAGAAAUAAACGUGAUUAUUUCUUCGCGGAUACAUUAAACAACGCAAUUCAACAUAAAGAUAUUCAACAAUCCCCUACUACAAUGGAACAACAAAAUAAACUUCAAUCCUUGUCUAGAACAGAAAUUGACAAACUUUUGGGACCCCAUUUUAAUAAAUUGACUGAACUUAAUGAAUCACAUUCAUUUACAGGUAAGGCAAAAAGGGGUGGUAUUGCGCUAUUCUCCUUGCCUGGCAAUCCCCGGUUUUGUGGUCCCGACAAAAAAUGUUUAGGAAUCCUGUAA